UUGAGAAAACAAUCGAGAAAGUCGUCGAAGCUCUUCGUCGAUAAGCACGACGAUUUACUCCGGCUAAAGCUCUACCAUUUCUUAAACGAAUUCAAAAACGAAAGGAUCCCGGAAAAAGACGAGCUUUACUCAUUUUUUGUCCGAAAAUUAGGUAUUCGCAGCAUAAAAGCCUGCCAGGAAGAAAUUGAGUUCUUGGAGGACAACAUCGUAAGCCACGACGGCGAUCUCGACCCGCCGGCCACAGUUCUCAAAGGGUUCGUCGCCUUAAUCCGCUACUGCAGGUACUUGCUUUUCAGAUUUGAAGACGAGGAAGCCGGGGAAACCCAAUCGCCGGUGGCCGGCGAAGAAAAUUAG